AUGAGCGCCGCGUAUUUUCGAACGCAAAUCCUGGAGAUGGACGCGGAGGCUGGAGGUUUCCGAACGCUCCUUGUCGGUGACCCUAAGGAGCUUCUCAAUGACUCUAUGGCGGAGCUGCAUAGUGAAAUCACGAAGAUCUAUGAGAAGCUAUCUGCGGGUUUGGAUGAAAAUGCUACCAUAGAGGCCGGAGAAAAGGUUAUUGAAGGGGUAUUAGAAAAGCGAAACAUAAUGCAUAUUCUACCUAAAUGCAAUAUGAACCUCGAGAUAGUUUUUAUUGUCAUGCGUAAUUCGCAAAACAGGGACAGUAGUCUUCAACAUGAUAAUAAGAAGGAUAAUUUUGGACCAGAGAAUCGAAUCAGGACAAAGAAGUGGACUCAAAUGCGCCACUUCGAUACCUUCACAAUCUACCGGCCACAGAUUGCGAAGACAAGGGCCUUUUCAGAGCGUGCAAGUUGCACAUCAUUGGACACAAAACAACAUCCUCACCCAGCAGGUAUCAGCUAG